AUGCCGGCCAAGCCGUCGCAGACUCCGGGGAGGGGUCAGGCUGGUGUGAUCCAGUCCACUUCUUCAAACCCCUCACGAAAUGACGAUUCCGGAUCAGGAGCAGAAACCCCGGCCCGACGACGCCUGCAGAAAGCCGCCUCGACUACCUUCCAUACGAGUAACUCCGCAAACCUCGACCCUCAGUCCUCCCGGGGCGUAGCCAGCCCGCGUUCAGGUGGAAUGGGCCGCCGAAGACUGUCCAUCAGAGAUCAGAAGGCUCCUCAGGGGCCACGGCCCCAGGAGGGUUCGCGCUGGAGUAGCAAACCGACCGGUGGCUACUUCCAUUCCGAAACUUCUUCGAUCGACUCGACCGGUGAAUCCAACAAGCCAUAUCCCUACAAUAUCCGAACCACAAGUGUGGGAAACCUUGCUAAGCAGGAACCCAGUCGAACUCCCCCAGAGAGCAUGGAGUUCCUUGCGCCUAUAAACUUCGACGAUUUCCAUAACAGUAUCAUGGCGGAGCCUAGUUUGAACCAUUUCCCCAUGCCUGGAAAUGGUGGAAACGGAUCUGAAAAUAGACACUCCGGCUUGUCAAACAACAGCAAUUGGACGAACCAUAGUUAUGAUAGCAACUUUUCAGAUCGCACUCGAUCUGGCUCCGCUCGCAGGAAAAGUGAGGUCUCGCGCGUUAAUAUGCCACCGGCUGCCCCCAACAGCACAGGCCUGUCAUCCACACCAACCAAUGCACGAGCGCGCCGCCAAAGUCUUGCGCAGCCUUCAAACGGUACUACCACCCGGGGAUCCCGAAAAUCGAUCAGCUCCGGAGCCUUCGCACCAACCACUGCAUCUGCAAGACGGGCAAGUCUCAGUGCCCGCAAAGUCAGCACCGACACUACUGCGCGAAACAAUAUUGCAGGGAAUUCCCUGCAACCUCGAGCAUCGCAAGCGAAUCUCAGCUUGGAGGACGAGAAGGUGCCGUCUUCAGUCCGAAGUCUCAAAGCCAAGUCAUUUCAGCCAAGCGUACGUGAGCCGCGGGGGCCUUACUUGACCGCAUCUGGGCCUACGGAUCAUAGUCGCUCCUCAUCGACCAACAAUGCCGUGCGCACUCCGGUUAAGGAUACUUCUGGCAAUGUCGUAACAACGCCUUCCUCAUCAUCUAAGCGUAUGUCUGUCGCACCGCAGGCAUUGCAUGCAACAGGCUUGGGCGCCCGCACCAUUAGCCCCACUGAUGCGAGGCGAAUGAAGCGGAUGUCAACAAUGCCUCCUGCCCCUCCCAUGCCUCAUACCCCUCCCACACAGACUGCUGAACCUCUCCCCACUCGGCCUCUCUCGUCCACACACACCUUGAAUCACUCCCCUUCUUUCCUUCCAAGAAAAAGCGUCACGCCAUCCUCUAACCGGACAACCCCAGAUCCGAACCGCAAGUCCUAUAGCUCUGGGCUGUCCUUGUCCUCAAACACGAGCUACAACUCCGUGCGAAAUUCAAGCAGCUCACUUCAACCGCGACUUUCUCAAAAUCUUUCCACAUCGCGAUUGCCAACUCCUAAACCGCGCACGGAACAGAAUUCAACAAAUAACGAAGAGGAGGCUGAACUGGAAGCCCCCGUUUUCCCGGCUCCAAGAAAGUCUAGCCUCCCUGUUGAUAUUGGACAACUAAGCAUUGCGCGAGACUCGGACUCGGAUGCUAUUGGCCGAUAUAGCCCUGUCACGAAUGGCAAUGGCAAUGGCAAUGGCGAUGGCAAUGACUUCUCUGCUGGGCGAGGGACGAAGACUGCAGACUCACGAACAAAGACGUCCACAGUCACAACGCGCAAAGGUCUACAGCCUCUGAAGCUACCGCCGCUAAAUCUUCUCCCCUUGGGCACGCCAAUGACCACGAAGAUUGAAGCAUUGAAAGACCGAGAAGCUGAGGAUCGCAAAGCCCAUACGCCCUCUCACCAACUCGGGGCGAAGACUCCCAGCACGCCUAUGACCGCGUCAAAGGCAUCAAACUUCUGGACAUACGAUGAUGACGACGAUGACGAUGAUAGAGCAGCUGCCAAUUUUCCGCGAAGCAACACUUCCCAUUUCGCAAUCAGCACCUCUUCAACAGCUGCUGCGUUGCGAGCGGCGAGCAGCACUAGUGCAUUUGAGAGCUUCGAGACGCCGAACGGAACACGAAAUAUCUCACCUUACGCGUCGUACACCUUGCCCAAGUCUAGUACGGACUUCAAUUCGCUUCGGCACCAACCUAGCGCAGAUUAUUCUUCCAACCGGGCAUCUCAUUCGUAUAAGUUGACCGGACCAAGACCUCAGACUCAGAGCGCCAUAUUCACACCUGCCACUGAACGCCUUAGCCAGGCCUCAACACCAUCUGAGCCGGAGAGUGCCACCGCGCCCACUCCAUCACUGCGUGAUCGAUUGAACGUGGCGCGUAUCCGCAGUAGCUCCAAGACCAACAGCUCCUCAGAUGUUAACAUGGAUCCGGCCAAGUACGAUAACAUGCCUCCCCCUAAGCUCCCAGCAUCUGCCACCUGGAACAAUUUAUCCUCUGUUCCCUCCACAAGUCCAGUCCAUAAGACCUCCUACCUGAAACCGCGUCGUCAAUCGUCAGUCUCGAGCAUCACCAAACAGCCUUCUUCCCCCAGGAAACCGAGUGUGAGCAGUGAACGAAGUUUAACACUUGAGAUGACGCCAUCCAACGAGUCCACUGGAAAUGAGCAGCAAUCUCGUUCCAGCAGCAAUUACGUGUCGCCAGUCCAUAAGAUCAUCAGUUCAGCUCGUUCCAGUGCUGCUGUCACAUCUCGACCGAGUGAAUCCACUGCCGACGCGGACACGGUCAUUGCAGAUGAAGAAAUGAGACGGCUAGGCGCCAAAAGAAAGGACUUUGAGACUGCUGCCAAGCAGCUGGAUGAGCUACGCCGUAAGGCAGGCCCGAAAGAUCGGGUCAGCCCCGCCUCUGCACUAAAGAUGGCUAAUCUCAACAUUUUUGAGCGAGGAGAGAUCAUCGACUAUCGCGAUAUCUUUUUCUGUGGUACUCAAACCGCGAAGAAGCAUGUCGGGGAUCUCCAUUCAGGUGCUGCGAACUUUGGCUAUGAUGACGAUCGUGGUGACUAUAAUAUUGUCAUAGGUGACCAUCUUGCGUAUCGCUAUGAAGUUGUCGAUGUCCUUGGCAAGGGUAGUUUCGGACAAGUUGUGAGAUGUGUCGAUCAUAAGACUGGUGCUUUGGUCGCGGUGAAGAUCAUUCGCAACAAGAAGCGAUUCCAUCAGCAGGCUCUGAUUGAAGUCAAUCUUCUUAAAAAGCUGAAGGAUUGGGACCCUAAUCGCGAGCACAGUGUGGUCAAUUUCGUCGAGAGCUUUUACUUCCGCGGCCACCUCUGUAUUUCAACCGAGCUCCUGGGGAUUAAUUUGUAUGAGUUCAUCAAGGCACACGACUUCCGCGGUUUCUCCCUCAAACUGAUCCGGCGGUUCACCAAACAAAUGCUCAGCAGUCUUAUCCUGCUCCAUGCUAAGAAGGUCAUCCACUGCGACUUGAAGCCUGAAAACAUUCUCCUGGUUCACCCAUUGAAUUCGGAGAUUCGUGUCAUUGAUUUUGGCUCCAGCUGCUUCGAAAAUGAGAAGGUCUACACUUACAUCCAAAGUCGAUUCUAUCGUUCGCCCGAGGUUAUUCUUGGGAUGUCGUACGGCAUGCCUAUCGACAUGUGGAGUCUUGGGUGUAUCCUCGCUGAAUUAUUCACUGGCUACCCUAUCUUCCCUGGUGAGAAUGAACAAGAGCAAUUGGCUUGCAUUAUGGAGAUCUUCGGCCCCCCAGAGAAACAUUUGAUCGAAAAGAGUACACGAAAGAAGCUUUUCUUCGACUCGCUGGGUAAACCGCGGUUGACGGUCUCUUCGAAGGGUCGACGUCGCCGUCCGAGCACCAAGGACCUCCGACAGGCUCUGAAGUGCGAAGACGAUGCUUUCCUCGACUUCAUCACUCGCUGCUUACGCUGGGACCCUGCCAGGCGAAUGAGCCCUCAGGAGGCUUUGAAGCACGAAUUCAUCACAGGCAUCAAGUCGACUGCUCGCCCUCGCGUGUAUGCUGCGGCUAACUCCUCACCUGCCAAACGUGGUAUAUCAUCCAGCGGACGGCCCCUUCCAGAGCCACCUACCACAGGCGCAAAGACUGGUUACAUGCGUAAUCCGUCUGGAAGCUCUCCCACCAAAAAUGGGAAACGGCAUUCGACUGUAAGCGGAUUGCCGCCUUCCAGUCCCGCCAAACGAGGCUCACAUAGCUCCACCACCGGUGGAACUGGUCUUCCGCGUGCUUCUGCUCGAAGUAUCAGUGGAAAGCCUGACCUCGCCACCGCAGCGGCGGCAACUAGCCUGAAGACAAAAUAA